AUGGGAGGUCCUUGCACCAUGGCGGGGGCUGCGGGAUCGUGCAGCGGGGAGGCCGGGAAAUCAGAGAGGCUGCGGAUGCAGCUGAGUAGUGUCGGUGAGCGUUUCAUUGGUUUCAAGACUUCUAUUGCUGACGACACGAGGAGAAGGCGGAUGAUGGAAGAGCAAAGAUUUCAGGAAGUCAAAGAGAGCAUUGCAAGGCUAGAGAAGGCCCUAAAUAGCGAAAUCAAACGCAGAGUGGAAGCGAAUCGUACGCUGCAGCGAGUGGCAGAGCAGAUGGCGAACGAGAUGCUCGAACGACUGCAGACUCGGAUUGCAAAGCAGAUAGAGAAGUUAACGAUCUCUAUGGACCUGCUUAUUACCAGAUGCGAGGGUCUCGAGAGAAACCUUGCUCAGAUGAAAGGUGAACUACCUAGCAAGCUGGCGCAGGAGACUGUUGCUCUCGUCAGUGAGUUGAUGACACUCAAGGAGCAGUUUGAGCUCGAGAAAAAGGGAAGUAUUGACCGAGAGCAGAUGCUGGUGAAACGGUUGAAUGAACUGCAGUACGGGCUUGACGCCAGACUCGAGGCGGAGAUUGCUCUGCGGCAGGAGCAACUAAAUCAUCUAAAAAAAGACGUCGAACAGCUCGUGAGGGGAGACGAGAGCCAUGAGCAAUUCCGAACGUUUAUUGUGGAAGAAUUACAAGCAAUGAAAAGUGGACUUGCUCUAGCGACACAGGCUCGCGAGCAGUCGGACGACGAAAUCAUCCAUGCCAUCAACCAGUAUACGACAGCGUUACAAAAGGGCCUACGAAAUAUAACGAGCCGCUGA